AUGCCUAUCUCCCUUACUCCCAACGUGAAUCUCAGUUUGUCGUUCUAUCUGAUAGGGGACGAUGUAUCUACCACGCAGUCAGUAAACCUGGACGCAAAGUGGAAUUUGGAGGAUGUGAAACGCGCCGUAGGGGGCACUUUCCAUGUGGUACAGCCGCUUGGCAUCUCUUUCCACGUUGAAGAUGAUCGGGAAUUGACCACAGUGCACGACAUUCUGACAGCACCAUCGUCGCUCACUAGCCCUAUUGGCCUUCGCAUCGACGGGCAGGCCGUACAAAGCCCACAGGGCCCCGAUGGUCUGCCACUAGUGGGCAGCUACUAUGAGAUCUUUCCAGAUCAUCUGGGAAAUCAUUAUCGACUUUUCCGCAAAUACGGAAAUGUUAUUUGCACGACCAACAUGGGCAAGACGACGUAUCUCACUGAUAGUCCGGAAGUGGCGGCCGUGGCUCUAGCAGAAUCGGCGUACAUGACCAAGAAGAUCAAUAAGAACCACCCACUGUGGGCAGUUAAGGAUAACACGGCUCUCUUCGUCGGCGAUACCGAAACAGAAAAUUGGCGACUAGCACACAAGUUUAUGCCACCGGUUAUGGGACCUAAGGCCGUGCGACACUACACGCCGCUGAUGCAGGAGUGUGCUCGCAAAUCCUUUGCUGUCUUCGACGAAUUAGAUACCCGCGGACAGUCGUGGAACGUCUAUCAGUACAUGGUGAAGCUAGCAUCUCAAACGAUCGGCCGAUUCUGCCUAGGUACCGAUUUCCAGCACUUCACAGACGUCGACGCCCCGUUACAUCCUAUCGUCACCCUUAUUGUUAACAUCCUAUCACUGAAUAAGAAGAUCACCGCACGCGGUGAAUGGUACCGAUAUCUACCAUUCGGCGAUCCAGCACGACUAAAGCAUGCUCGACGUACCAUCUACUCGCUCCUACAAGAACAUAUCGACCAUUUCAAGGGGUCUGAGAUUGCUGGAAUGCCAAUGGCCGGCGCAGCCGUCAAUGCCUCAUGCGUGAUCGACUACCUCCUCAAUACGGUUGAUGAGACAGGCCAGAAAUUCCCAGAGGGGCUAGUACUCGCAAACAUUAUCAUCGUCACGGGAGCUGGCUUCACAACAACCUCAGCCUUAAUGUCAUGGCUUCUCUAUUGCCUAGUUACCUACGAAGGCACACAAGAACGUCUAUACGCAGAACUCUGUGAGCAUGGUAUUGCCGCCAAGCCCGUGGAUUGGACCCCGGAGCUGGCUCACAGCCUGCCUUACCUCGAUAAUUUCAUCAAAGAAACCCAGCGUCUGCACAACGCCUCCUUCCAGCCUGCCCGAACUACUAAGACUGACGUUGUCUUGCCGGGAGGCUACCGUCUUCCUCAGGAUAGUGUUCUCAUUCCUGCCCUGUAUGCCAUCCACACCAAUCCAAAUGUCUGGCGCGACCCAUUCCGCUUUGACCCGGAUCGCUGGACUACUGAUGAGGUCAAGAACAAACACCGCUGCGCGUAUAUCCCUUUUACCACAGGUCCGCGUGGCUGCAUCGGAUUCAAUUUUGCCCUACUUGAGGUCAAAAUCUUGCUCUGCGAGCUGAUCGCCCGUUACGAGUUCUUCCGCGAGGGCUUAGAGACCGUGGAUUAUGAUCCUGAGUUCCAGCUUAUUCGCCCGUUGAACUUUUAUGUACGUGCCAAGAGAAGGAUAUAG